AUUUAAUAUGGAAGACGUGGUCAUGGAACCUGAUCAAAAUGGUCAGACUAAAGACAACAGAGAAAAUGGAACCUCUGUAAAGACUAUUACUGAAGCCCAAUCAAAAGAUGAAGAAGCUGGUGCUUCAGAAUCUAGCAUGAGUUCUAGUGAUUUCUCCUUGAGUGACGAAGAAACACCUGAGGAAAACAAAGCAUUUAAGGAAAGUAGGCUAGAACUAAUUAAAAAGUAUGGACUUGAUAAGUACAAAAAGUACAUUCCGAAAGACAACAAAAUGACUGCUAGAGUGAAAUACUACACCUUUGAUAUCAAGAGAAAACAUAGAGAAGAACUUCCGCUUAGAGGAUGGCAAAAACUUAAACUCUACAAAAAUGAUUCAUUCCUUGAUGAUUGGAUUAACGAGCCGGAUGAAACAUCGACUAUCAAUCUUGAUAGAAUCAAUGUGGACGAUGUUACUGUGGAAGAGUUCAUGGAAAAAUAUGAAAAACCAGGAAUCCCAGUCAUUAUUAAUGGAUGUGCAGAGAAUUGGGAUGCAAUGUCAAAAUGGAACUUUGCAGAUCUUGUCAAGAAAUACAAGAAAUGUAAGCUCAAGGUCGGAGAAGACGACGAGGGUUACCCUCUCAAGUUAAAGCUGAAGUACUUCAUUGAGUACAUGCUGUACAAUAAGGAUGAUAGCCCACUCUAUCUUUUCCAAUCAAGUAUUGAAAAUAGAAAGAGGAUAAAGGAAAUCGUCAAGGAUUAUGAGGUUCCAAAGUAUUUCCAAGAUGAUUACUUGAAAAUCUUAGGUUCUGACACGAGGCCACCUUACAGAUGGUUAUUAAUUGGACCUCGUAGAUCUGGCACAACAAUUCACUGUGACCCAUUGAGUACUUCAGCUUGGAACACAAGUAUUGUUGGGCAUAAAUAAAUGGAUUUUGUUCCCUCCUUCUUACGAGAAAGAAGUUGUAAAAGGAAAGAAGUAUAAAGAAAAGGGAGCAGAUGAUGAAGCAAUCCAUUACUUCAAAUAUAUCUAUCCUCAAAUCUUGGAGAAUGAGAACAUCGAAAAGCGAUAUGAGUUCGUUCAGCGACCUGGAGAAACCGUCUUUGUUCCAGGAAGAUGGUGGCACUGAGUUCUGAACCUCGAUGAAACAAUUGCGAUCACUCAGAAUUACUGUAACAGAGGUAACUUUGAUAGAGUCUGGAGAGACGCAAGAAAAGCAAGAAAGAAAAUGGCAGUGAGAUGGAUUAGAAAAAUGAAAGAGAUAGAUUAUGAUUUGUAUAAGAGAGCCAUUGAUAUCAACAAAGAUGAUAAAUUCUUGAUGUACGAUAUUGCUAAGAUGAAAGAUGUAGAAUGGCCUUACUCUGAAUCUUCAUCCAGUUCCUCCUCUUCUACCUCUUUAUCAGACUAUGAUUUCGAGUACUCAGACAUAGACAUUGACAAUAUUGAGUAUAACAAGGAAGAUAUCAAAGAAAAGGAGGUUAAACUUGAGUAGCCAUAUUGAAGGAUAAGAAAUAACUUAUUGUCACCCAAAAGUCAAAAUUCAAU